GUCAACAUUUAAGCCACAUCCUAAAUCUUUACGAAUGGGAAAGUUCGGCGGGCUGCUGAGUUUGAGGAAGCAUCUCCUGGGGUAGUUGGAACUCCUAACUUCUAUGUUGCAAUCUCAUUUACAUCACAUUUACAUCAACGGAAUACUUACAUUGUAAAUGAAUCAACAUUGGACUAUGGAGUAACACAUGUCUUAAAUGCCAGAGAGACUGUUGUUCACGACAUGUAAUUAAUUUGUGAAAGGAAAAGGAAUACUUUUACUCCACGUCAGCGAACCUGCGGAUUCUUCAGACUGCACCGGUUUGUCAGCCGGUCAAUCCACUGGACAUACCGGAGCAAUCAUGGGCUGUAGUAAGGCGCUUGUGGGGUUUGUAGGAGUGGUUGCUCUCAUCAUGCUAAUAUCUAUCCCAACGGCAAUACAUUUAAAUAGGCAAGGCAAAGCUAAGAGAACGUUUACAUUUGCUGACUACUUUAAUGACACCAUUAGGUACAAGAAAUAUGGUGUUUACUGGGUAUCCGAUAACGAAUACCUCCAUAAAUCUAAGGAAGGCAAUAUUUACAUCCAUAAUGUUGAAACUAAAGAAGUCUCUCCAUUUCUGAGCAACACAACAUUUAGUCAAGUAGAUUCCACAGAUUAUAUUGUAUCUGCAGAUCGAAAAUACAUUUGCUUUGAGAGCAAUUAUUCAAAGCAUUGGAGACACUCCUUCUCAGCUUCUUUCUCUCUGUUUAAUUUGGAAAACUCGAGUUUCAUCACAUCUGACAUCCCCCAAGCUGUACAACUGCUAACUAUGGCGCCAUCAGGAAGCAUGCUGGCCUACACAUGGAGAUACAAUAUUUAUCUGAAACAGUCUGCCACUGCUCCAUCCAUACAAGUGACUACCAAUGGAGAAGAGAAUCAGAUCUUGAAUGGCAUCCCAGAUUGGGUAUAUGAAGAGGAAGUCUUUGCAUCCAAUGAGGCAAUGUGGUGGUCUACUACAGGGAAAUUUCUUGCUUACCUUGAACUUAACGACACAAAUGUUCACACUAUUGAUUAUUCAUGGUUUGGGAAGGAACAGUAUCCAGAAACUGUUGCAGUCCCAUACCCAAAGGCUGGCUCAACCAUCCCCAAGGUGAAGCUAUAUGUUAUUGAUACUGCAAAUCCAACAAAGCGCUCACAGGUUGUUGUGCCAAGUCCAUUCGGCUCAAGUGAUCACUACCUGAGCUCAGUCACUUGGGUGACAGAUGAACGCGUUGCUGUUCAGUGGCUCAAGCGCAAGCAGAACCACGUUCUCUUACAGAUCUAUGACUUCGACGGAACUAACUGGUUUGAAAGCACGAAAUUUGAACAAAUGAGCAAAACAGGCUGGGUGGGCCAAUUCAACCCCUCUCCUGCAUUUUUUGCAGAGGACAACAUGAGUUUUUAUAAAGUCAUGAGUGACUCAAAAGGCUACAAACACAUCCACUAUGUCAAAGGUGGGAUACCUAAGCCUAUUACUUCAGGGAAAUGGGAAGUCAUCUACAUUUCCAAACUGGCCAAAGAUGCUGUAUACUACAUAAGCAAUGAACACAUGGGAAGACCGGGUCAGAGAAAUCUUUACAAGAUCAGCAUUGGCAGUGGGGGUGUCCAUUCUGCUCCACGGUGUUUGAGCUGCUCGCUGCACCCAGAGAGGUGUCAGUACAACUUAGGGCACAUAUUCAGUCGCAACAGCUCCUACGUCCGCAUGGACUGCUACGGGCCUGGAGUGCCUCUGUUUGCUCUCCUUGAUAACGAAGGCUCUGAAAUGGAGGUCCUGGAGGACAACAGUAAGCUACAAAGUAUCCUGGAAGAAUUCCACUUGCCCACUGUUAAACGUGGCACACUAAGGCUGGCAGGAUUUGACCUCUGGUAUCAGAUGAUGCUACCGCCAAAUUUCGACGCGUCCAAGAAAUAUCCCCUGUUGAUUUAUGUAUACGGAGGCCCCUGUAGCCAGACGGCAGACUACUCCUUCAGGUUGGGCUGGUCCACAUACCUGGCGAGUGCAGAGGGGAUCAUCGUGGCCAGCUUCGAUGGGAGGGGAAGUGGUUACCAGGGAGACGAAAUAAUGCACUCCAUCUACCAGCGCUUGGGAACGUAUGAGGUGGAAGAUCAGAUCUGGGCUGUGAGACAAUUCAUUGAUAUGGGCUUCAUUGACAAAAAGAGGAUAGCCAUUUGGGGCUGGUCUUACGGUGGCUACGUGACAUCGAUGGCACUGGGCUCUGGCAGUGGGCUGUUUAAGUGUGGCAUGGCGGUAGCUCCAGUCGCCAAAUGGGAAUACUACGAUGCUGUGUACACUGAGCGCUACAUGAGUCGGCCUGAGGAGAAUGUGGACGGCUACAAGAAUUCAACGGUCACUUCCAGAGCAAAGAAUUUUGGGUCUGUGGAGUACCUGUUAAUUCACGGAACCGCAGAUGAUAAUGUUCAUUUUCAGCAAUCAGCACAGAUAUCCAAGGCCCUAGUGGAUCAAAAGAUUGACUUUGACACAAUGUGGUACACAGAUAAGGAUCACGGCUUGGGUGGCAGUGCCACCUACCACGUCUACAACCACAUGAGUCACUUCCUCCAGAAGUGCUUUGCCCAGACCAAAUAGAGGGCUAAUCUGUACAUUUCACUAGAUCAAAAUAAAAUCCUUUAUAUCUUUGUGUGGUAUGAUUCGUUGCUAAGGUACUUGAAUAUUUGAAUGCAUUGCAGUCAUAUUACUCUGGACUUAGGAUUCCAGUUUGGUUGAAGUCUAUGCUUUUUUUUACAUGUAUGAAGUGUUCACUGUCCAGUUUGUGAAAUAUUUUUGGCUUAUGAAAUUUUGUAUGGAAAUAUUGUGAUUUUUAGUCUGAUAAUGUGAACCCAUUUGAUGAACUCAAAAUGUACUCAUAUUUAUGCAUGAUCGCAGCUUACAAUUUUGAUGUGCACGUGAUGGAAUUGCACUGAAUCUAAUGUGUGUCGUUAAAAGCUGAAUGGUAGCUGGACGUUGUGUCUGUCAUUUGCAAGGGAAAACAAAGUGCAUAAACUGAGACCUCAAGUGACUGUUUCUUUGUAUCCAAAAAAUAAACAUUUAUAAAUGGUU